CCGGCGAAGAGACAAAUUUGAAAACAUAAACGCAAAGAAAUACCUUCGCGAUGCAAAACGUGAGCGUAUGACUCGACUCUUUACAUUCGAAGAAAAAUACGAUCUCAAGGAAACAGCAGCAGCUAUCGGACAAAUGCCGUCUCCAUGUGGCGUACACUGGCUAUCGUACAUCGAGCAUCGGUUGCGGGUAAUGAAAAAUGGCAUUGAAACCUACACGAUUCGUGGAAUUGCACGUCUGGGAUUGGACAAGCACAUUGAAGAGGUUCGUGCGAUGGACGAAAAGGCUGCUGAACUGGUAAAUGGCAAGGUGGCCAUAGUUUACAUGGGUGCCGCGGACGUUCCAGCGAAUUCGCCAAUACGAAUCAAGAAGCAUGUGCGAUGUCCAGGCAACCGCAAGUUAAUUGCCGCAUUCAAAAAGCGUGGCAAUGUCAUUGUUCGAAUGGUCAAUGAAUUCAUGACAUCUCAAUUGUGUGGCCGCUGCUUCAAACAAUAUCCACGACACACUCGAGGUGAUCGAUUCAAGAAAUGCAACGAUUGUCGUCCAGAUCCACGUGUUGGCUUGCCCCGAACCAUCGUGACCAAUGUGUGCAAACGUGCACUUCAAAUGAAGCGAGCAUUCGAACGAACAUGGCGACAGAUGCGAGACAUGGGUGAUCCUAUUGCAGCAACUUUGACAUCAACAAACACAAGCCGUUUGGUACCAACGAAGACACGCUUCGUCAAAACAUGGCAACCAAAUGGUUUAAAUGUUGAAUUGGAAGAUGCUGCUCAGCCACAGAACACACUCAAAGCGGUCUGGCAUCGUGAAAUCUCAGCAGCGAAGCUGAUCUUAUACAAAGGUCAUUGUCAGCUGUUCGGUUUGCCGAUCCAUCCAACGCUGCUGCCAACCGCUCGCAAUGCAAAUGGUGCCAUACAACCGAAUGCCGGAAAUCCAUGAUGAUUGACAUAGCAGCAAUCAACCAUAUUCAAUAUUUAAUUUAAGAAAAUAAUCUAACGAUUUGUUAGUCCGCUGACCUUUGAUUUUGUGGGAAAGCAUAGUCAGUACUGGAGCCAAUUUAUGAGUAACACUUUGAGUUGAAUAAUUUUAUCAUCUCCAUUAAUCGCUCUUUGAGUAAGAAGUUGCGUUCUGUGGGUAUGAUUUCAAUUGAGACUCAGUGUUUCAUUAUACGUUGGUCGCUAGUAGAUUGAUAAAUUAAUAACAAUACUGAACAUUCAAUAGGCACGUCAAAUGUAUCAUCAGAACAAAAUUCCAUGCGAUUGAAUAGAGAAUCGUGGUUUUUGCGUAAGAGGAGUUUCACGCGAACAAAGCUCAAUUUUGAAUUGAAUGACAAUGUAAUCUUAUUUAAUUCAUCGUGUAAUCAUCGUUGUUUUUUCUGAAUCGCAAGAUAACUUAUCGCUUCUAUGUCUGUUGGACUGAAAUAAAUAGGUAUUUAUGAGCGAAA